AGCAUUGGACUGAACAGUACACAGCUAUGUGAAAUUAUUGAUCUGUACGAAAAUCACAAAAUGUUUGCUGGCCGAAUUGCCGAAGAAAAAAUCACACAGCUUAUGGAAAAUUUUUUUGGAAUUCAAGAGUCUAAAAAACUUUUUGAUCGCGAUUCAAACGGAAACAAUGCUGUAGAUUUAAAGAUGUUACUGUUGACAUUGGCGUAUAAAGAUAAGAAAACACACGACUGCUUCCAGACUCAAAUGCUUACACCUUUUGAAGUGGAGUUUUUCCUCAGUGUGUUUACCGAACACGCAAACAGUUCCAACCAAGAUGGACGUCUUAGUCUUCAACAGCUACCAGGUGUAUUAGAAGAUUUUAAAUUAGACGAUACGGAGAUCGAUAAAGUAGUCAAAAAACUUAAAGUUGAUAAAAAAAAAAGGAUCUUUUCAAAGGCUGGUUACACAAUGUCGAAAUUUUUAAAUUUGAAUUCAAUUAAAGCUCAAUUUGUUAUUAAUGAAGCGGAUUUCUUGUUGAUAAUGUUGGAAAUAAAACCAGAAGGUUAUGGUUUAGACCUACAGCAAAUAGAAAAGUUCGUUGAUUUGUAUAAUAAUUGUCCCAAAACGGAUUCCGGUAGUAUUGAACCUCUGGAAAUUCAAAAAAUCUUCAAAGAGUUUGGUAUGGCUGAUCCGAAACAUGAUUCGAAGAUGCUGUUCAAAUCCAACCGUAAGAAUAUAAUGUUAAAGUUUUCACGUUUCAUACGUUCAGCUAUAAUACAUAAUAUUUGA